AUGAGUAACAUGCUCGAGUCGGUUGGUGGUGCUAAGUUCACAUUUGGUUGGCAUUUUGAGUUUCGUGUUUUGUUUAAACAAGAUAAGCAAAUGCAAUUAAUAUACUUACCAUAAGUUCGUAUGUAUUAUGUAUGUGAAGCAAAAAAAAAACAUAACAAAAAAAAAUUGUGCAGUGAAACAAGUGAAAGCCAUCACAUCUCUGGCGGUUAUAUCAGAUUGGCUAAUAAGUUGGCGAACCGGCGCAAAAAUGUGAACGAAGUCCAGUGCUACUAUCGCCGCUUCCGAAAGUGGUUACAGUGCUUUUGCCAACUAUGUGUUGCAAAGCAUUGCAACAAAAAAUCGUAUUGCAAGAAGACAAGUUGCAACACGUGUUGUUGGCAAUGGUUUUGGUGCUUGUGGCCACAAGACGUUUUUGAAAAAAAAUAAAAAUUAAUACAAAAAAUCGAAUUUAAAUUUGCACUUGCAACGAAACUGUGUUGAAAACUAUCCGGCCAUUACAACCUUAAUUGGGUGAAUGAGUUGCCAUUAUCAAGGCAUAAUGCAACCAAUUGCAACAACAAUAAAAAGCGUUGCAGAAAGGAAAACCUGGCGCACGAGUUCAAUAAGAAGCAGUGAUAAGCGAAACGUCGAACAUUUUUACGUCAUUGAAAAACUGGCUGUUUACUAAACUAAUAGUGCUGAAUGAUGUUCCUUAUAAUUUUCGAAGAAAAUCAUACAUCGCAAUGACGCUGCUGGCGAAUGCUGCGAAAAUGUAUUUGAAAAGCGCGCCGCUGCUGACUUGUGCUUUCUGAAGGUGUAGCUGGCUGUUGCCGUGUACUUAUUAUGAAGGUGUUGGUUAAAUAUGGCAUCCCUUAUUAACUCAGAAGCUCUCAUUCCAUUUCUGAUGCCGCAACCUUUUCGUUCAUUCUUACAUACAAACAUGUACACGAAUGAAAUCACAAACAUUAGUACAUCUGCCAAGAAGAAUGGGGGCAUAAUCGCUACAACAAUAAACGAUUGUUAUAAUACAUGCCAUCAAGGAAAUGCACGAACUAUCAUGGAAAUAUCUGAAUAACAAAUUAGAAACCAUAACUCAAGGGAAGCUGUCACAACAGAGUAAUGGGAAAAAUCUCCUACUCUUCUACAUCCUGGCAAACAGUUCACGAUAAAUUGAGAUCUCUUACGAGGUCUUUUUCAAUAUAUUAUACAUUCAGGCAAUUUAAAAUAAGAAGACCACGGCAGGCUCUAGCCUGUGCAGGAUGGUCAGCAGAAUAAAUGUGCACGUUUAUGCCGUGGAGCCUCCUGCCGUGUUGGCCUAUGAACGCUUAUCACAGCCAACAAUUGCGGAUAAUUCGGCAACGACUUAUGCGAGCAUAAGUGCUACUGUAGUUGCUGCUUUCGACAGGACAAAUGGCAUGGCUCAUGAUUUCAAUUACGCAAAAGUAGGCAAUGACAGCGGCCUGGCAUCAAGCGAUUUCAUCUCAUCCCUCAAUUUGGCUUACUCAUAUUUCGAACCCGCUGCCACGCAUGUCGUCCAUAUUGCGCCCACUGCUCAUACAACGACUUUGUCAAUGGCGUCAUAUGAUAUUCAAACAGAUCUAAUAGAACCAAACAUGACAAUACCACAAAGAGGCAGCAACGCGACUACACAGGAUGCGCUGCGUACAGUUUUGGGAUCACCACCCGCGACGACGGAGAGAAUGGGAAAUGACAGCCUAAAUUCCUUCUAUUUCUAUGAGAUGGAACAGUUUGCUGUCUUGUGGAUUCUUUUUGCAGUUAUUGUACUUGGCAACUCUGCAGUUCUCUUUGUGAUGUUUAUAAAUAAAAAUCGCAAAUCGCGAAUGAAUUAUUUUAUUAAGCAGCUGGCAGUUGCAGAUCUAUCUGUCGGCUUGCUUAACGUGCUCACUGAUAUCAUUUGGCGUACAACGAUUGCUUGGAGGGCGGGGAAUAUUGCCUGUAAGGUGAUACGCUUUUCCCAAGUCUGCGUUACAUAUUCGUCAACAUAUGUGCUUGUGGCCAUGAGUAUCGAUCGCUACGACGCCAUCACGCAUCCGAUGAAUUUCUCAAAUUCAUGGCGUAGAGCAAGAUAUCUAGUGGCAGCAGCAUGGGUGGUGUCGGCUCUCUUCUCCUUACCAAUUUUGUAUCUUUAUGAAGAGAAGCUAAUAGAGGGUCAAAUGCAAUGUUGGAUAGAUUUUGGAACACAAACAGCAUGGCAAAUAUACAUGUGCUUAGUGGCGGCAACACUAUUCGUCGUUCCUGCGCUGAUCAUCACCGCUUGUUAUGCGAUUAUAGUUAAGACUAUCUGGGAAAAAGGUUCUAUCUUUAUUCCCACAGGGCGAACUGGUUAUAAUAACCCAGCAACUAGAAGAGCAAGUUCUCGUGGUAUAAUUCCUCGGGCGAAAGUUAAAACUGUGAAAAUGACAUUCGUUAUUGUCAUUGUUUUCAUAGUAUGCUGGUCUCCAUAUAUUAUCUUCGACUUGCUGCAGGUAUUCGAACGCAUACCGAAAACACAAACGAAUAUCGCAAUAGCAACGUUUAUACAGAGCUUGGCACCGUUAAAUUCUGCAGCAAACCCGCUUAUAUACUGCCUAUUCUCUUCACAAGUCUUUCGAACGCUGAGUCGGUUUCCGCCUUUCAAGUGGUUUAGUUGCUGCUGCAGCUCAUAUUUGAACACUUCCGCCCAAAAUCGUUGCAGUGGCAUGGGCCGUAGACUUCAUCACAGCUGUGACUCGAUGCGUACGCUGACCACGUCUCUGAACGUAUCGCGUCGCUCCAAUAAAACCACGGCUCACGUGGUCAUUUGCGAAAGAGCGAAAAUUCCAUUAGCUGUAUCGGAAGUAUGAUAUCUUAAGGGACUCUUUUCUAGGCACAAGAGAUAUAAAAUCGGGAAUGAUAAUGAGGCGAAAGCGAAGCGGGUUCCCGAAUGCAGAUGUAUUAUAGUAUGUAUGUAUGUAUGUAUCUCAAUUAGCUUGUAAGCCAAACUUCCGAAUGACUGAGUAUCGGAGCAUCGCUAGAAGUAAGUGACACACCUGGAAACUCGAAUUUGUCGCAGUCUUGAAGGUCUCAAUCGAUUUCAACGAAAUGUAUAUGCACAUGUCUGUAUAUAUAUACCACUAUAUACAUAAGCUCAAAUAUUUAUA